UUAAUAAUGUUAUGAUUAUGUUUCUCUCUUGAGUUUAUAGGCAAUACUGUACCCGCAUUCUCAGUGUCCUCAGACUAUGGAAAUAUCACACAACAUCACAGAGUUUUUCAUGCUGGGACUGUCACAGGACCCAGAAAUACAAAGAGUUCUUUUUGUGGUCUUUUCGAUCAUCUACGUGGUCACGGUUUGUGGCAACAUGCUCAUUGUGGUCACCGUCACCGUCAGUCCCGCCCUGGCUUCCCCCAUGUAUUUUUUCUUGGCCAACCUAUCCUUUAUUGACACCUGCUAUUCUUCUUCCAUGGCCCCUAAACUCAUUGCUGACUCCUUGUACGAGGGGAGGACCCUCUCCUACGAGGGCUGCAUGGCUCAGCUCUUUGGAGCCCAUUUUCUGGGAGGUGCUGAGAUCAUCCUGCUCACGGUGAUGGCCUAUGACCGUUACGUGGCCAUCUGCAAGCCCCUGCACUACACGGCUAUCAUGACCAGGCAUCUCUGCGCCCUGCUGGUGGCGGUCACCUGGCUCGGGGGUGUCCUGCACUCAUUGGUUCAGCUCCUGCUGGUCCUUCAGUUGCCCUUCUGCGGGCCCAACAUAAUUGAUCACUUUGUCUGUGACUUGUACCCUUUGCUGGCACUCGCCUGCACUGACACACACGUCACCGGCCUCCUGGUGGUUGCCAACAGUGGUGCCAUCUGCCUGUUGAGCUUCCUCAUGCUGGCCGCCUCCUACGCUGUCAUCCUGCGCUCCCUGGGGUCCCACAGUGCCGAGGGCAGGCGCAAGGCCCUCUCCACCUGCGGCGCCCACUUCACCGUUGUCACCCUGUUCUUCGUGCCCUGCGUGCUGACCUAUGUGCGCCCUGCGUCCCCGUUACCCGGGGACAAGAGCAUGGCGGUGUUCUACGGUGUUCUGACUCCGAUGCUGAACCCGCUCAUUUACACCCUGAGAAACGGCGAGGUGAGAAGCGCCCUGAGGAAGCUCUUCACCCGCUAA